AUGACGCCCGGGGCAGCCCGGCUUCGGGAGAUGGAGCCCAAGGACCAGCCCCUCAUGGUGGUGCUUCGGAUCCGCCCGCUUAGUGACACAGAACUGGACGAAGGGGCCACCGUCAUUGCCCACAAAGUGGGGGACCAGAUGGUGGUGCUCAUGGACCCCAACGAGGACCCGGAGGACACGCUGCGUGCACACCGAUCGCGGGAGAAGACCUUCAUUUUUGACACCGUUUUCGACCAGCAUGCAUCACAGGAAGACAUGUACCGUGCCACCACCCAGCACCUAGUGGAAGGCGUCAUUUCUGGAUACAACGCGACAGUGUUUGCGUACGGCCCCUCAGGUGCAGGGAAGACGCACACCAUGCUGGGCAUGGACGCGGAGCCGGGCAUCUACCUGCGGACCCUCAGCGACCUGUUCCGGGCCAUCGAGACAUGCGGCUGUGGGGACUGCAGUGUGUCCAUGUCGUACCUGGAGAUUUACAACGAAGUGAUCCGGGACCUCCUGAACCCGUCCUCAGGCUUCCUGGACCUGAGGGAAGAUUCUCGGGGCAGCAUCCAGAUCCCGGGCAUCACGGAGGUCUCCACCUCUAACGCGCAGGAGAUCAUGCAGCUCCUCACCAAAGGCAACCGGCAGCGCACGCAGGAGCCCACGGCCACCAACCGGACGUCGUCCCGGUCCCACGCUGUGCUGCAGGUCACCGUGCGGCAACGGAGCCACGGCUCCCCCCUGGCGGAGGAAGUGCGCGUCGGGAGGCUCUUCAUGGUGGACCUGGCGGGCUCUGAGCGGGCGUCGCAGACCCAGAACCGUGGCAAGAGGAUGAAGGAGGGCGCCCACAUCAACCGCUCCCUGCUGGCACUGGGCAACUGCAUCAAUGCGCUCAGUGAGAAAGGCGGCAGCCGGGUGCAGUACGUGAACUUCCGGGACAGCAAGCUCACACGCCUGCUGAAGGACGCCCUGGGAGGGAAUAGCCGGACAGUGAUGAUCGCGCACAUUAGUCCAGCCAGCACCCACUUUGAGGAGUCCCGGAGCACCCUGCUGUAUGCCUAUAGGGCGAAGAACAUCAAGACACGGGUUAAGCGCAACCUGCUGAACUUGUCCUACCGCAUCACGCAGUAUGCGGACGUCAUCUCCACCCUGCGCAGGGAGAUUGAGCGCCUCAAGUCCAAAAUCGAGAAGCAGGAGAAGAGAGGGGACCCCAGCGUCCAGGACACACAAGUCAGGAUCCCCUUGCACAACGGAGAGGACAGCCGCCAGCAGAUGAACAAAAUCCGGGCACAGCUCAUCGGGGCCUUCAAGGAGCAGCUGGAGAUGCGGCGCAGCCUGGUGGAGCUGGAGAACACCAAUAUAGAGCUGCAUGUGGACCUGUCCCGCCACCUGCUGACCAUUGCAGAGGCCCCGGCAGGGACUUUGGUGAAGAGCACCCCCACUCCCCAGGCAGGACUCCUGGCCCAGUCCCUCCCUGCUCUCCUGGCCCUGGCGCUAAGCUGGGCCAGGUGGCAGCAGGCUUCCAGCUGGGAGCGGGAGAAGAGCCAGCACCUCACGCACAAGGCCAGGGCGGCGGAGAGGGACGAGGGACUGGCAGAGGCCGACGCGGACGAGGGCGGGUCCACGGAGCCGCACGAGGUGGCCCUGGCCAGAGAGGAGGUCAGCGUGCUUCUGGCUGAGCAGAGGAGAGCUGCGGCCCUCAAGGCAGGGCUGGAGCAGCGUCUGGCCAACGCCAAGGAGAAGGCCUCACAGCUGGAGAAGCUGCUACCUGCAGGGGCAAGCAGCGAGGACCAGCGGGAGGUGGUGCGGCUGCUGUGCCGAGCGCAUGAGCUAGAGGUGGAGAACACAGAACUGCAGGCUGACAGCUUAUGCCGGCGGAGCCUGCUGUGCCAGAAGGACUUCGUGAUCCAGCGCUACCACCAGCACCGGCUACUGUGCGAGCAGCUGCUCCGGGACCAGCGGCAGCUGAUCGAGGGCGGUGGCCUCGCAGUGCCCGCGUCCCUGGACCAGCGGUACCAUCUGCUCCUGCGGGAGCUGGGUGCCGGCUCGCUGAACCGCCUGCUGCUGCUGCACUCCGUCAUGUCCAGCUCCCUGCGGGCCUGUGACCCUGGGCUGCUGCAGACCCUGUGCGGGAGACAGGGCGCUGAUGGGGAGGAGCCUGAGUGUGGGGUGGACCUCGGUGCCACGGAUGGCUCGGUUCUGAGUAAGUCCCCUGUGCCGCCAGAGGAGGCUAGCCGGGACUGGCCAGACGACAGGCAGGACCUCCCAUGGGGCGCCCAGUUUGAGCUGCCACCGAUGCUGCUGGAGGCGGACAGCUGCAGCCCGGACUGGUGGGACAGAGGGGCCAUGCUGCCUGUAGGCCGUGAGCUGGAGCGCUGGCACCAUGCUGCAGACAGCCCGAAGCUGUGUCCCUGCAGACGGCCAGGCCAGCGCCCCCCACGGCCUCACCUCUGGCACCCGAGCCAGGCUCACGGCAAUCGCGGUGGCUACAAGUCGUCACAAGCCACACCAUCAAAAACACUGGCAAAGCAGGAUUCCCUUCUCCCUCCGUCAUCCCUCCACAUCCUGCUGACCCCUCCAGCUCAUGAGCACUUGAGCCCCCUGAGUGUGAAGAGUUUGGUUUCCAAGCUGGGCCCCCCCGCUGGCCUGGACCUGGGUGCCUCGCGGAUGGCAGCGGAGGCCGGCAGCCAGGCCCUGAGCAAUCAGGCCCUUGAGGAGAUGGCCGCGAGCACCAAGGGACCAUGA